GAUUCUUGUCAUUAUCGGAUGCAAGUUGGUUAAGAUGAGAAUGUUAUUUUGACAUGCAAGUUUAUAAACAAUUAACGGAAAUUCAUAUUUUAUCUCUUUCGUGCAAACAAAUAUUUCGUUAUAGUUGAUUUGUUCUGUGUUUUAUCACGUCGUCAUGAUCAAGUUAACGGAAGAAAUGGUUAUUGCCCGUACAAGGAUUUCGGACUUGUCUAGUGUAAAGAAACUCAAUUGUUGGGGAGCUGAUCUUCAAGAUGUAUCUUUGCUCAGGCGAAUGCCUAAUGUCGAAGUGCUCGCCCUCAGUGUCAAUCAAAUAAAAUCAUUAGCUGAUUUCCAGAAUUGCUACCAGUUACAAGAGCUUUACAUUAGAAAGAACAACAUUAAAGACUUGCGAGAUGUUUGUUAUUUGAGAGGCUUAUCUAGCUUAAGGAAUCUGUGGCUAGCAGAUAACCCGUGUUCUCAAGAAGAUGGAUAUCGCUUUGCUGUUCUACGAGCACUUCCUCAGCUUGAGAAACUUGAUGAUGUACCAAUUAAACCAGAAGAAAUGGAAGAGGCUGCACGUAAAGGUCGUGAAUUAGUGUUACCCAGUAAAGAAGACGAAAAUUAUGAAACUUAUGAUAUGCCCCAAAACACAAAUGAUUUGGUUACUAUAGACACCACAGUUAGCAAAGAACCUAUUACGAGAAGAUCGUCUGAAGUUUUGAUUGCACCAACAAACCAUUACAUAAAGAGUAGCCCUGUAACUCCAUCACCUGAGUUGCUUGAAUCUAGUGAGUCACCAUCAACACCUGAAGAACUGCAUGUAAUUCAACCUGCGCAUGAAGAAAUCAAUGUACGAAGGUUUAGCGUAAUUGCCACAGGGGGGUCACCUCAACAGGAAAAACCUCCGCAAUCAGAAUCAGCACCUGCAUCCCGGCGUUCUAGCGUUGCAGCAGUCUCUUCGUUUUCUGUUGCUCCGGAUCACGCACCCCUCAAUACGCUUCACUUUCCCGUUGAUCAAUAUAGCCCAUCAAAGUGCCCUAUACAUCAGAAUACACCUAUCACACCGGCUCCGUCUACCCCAACUAUGCAGGCAACAUCAAUGUCGCAGCUGGAUCUACAUAAUGCCACUUCGAUGAAUGAAGCUCGUAAUAAUUUCCCGGAUCAAAGGCCUUUUAGGAUAGCCCAUGAAAAUCCACUACCCAGGUAUUCACCAUCGAAUUAUCAGCCAACAGGAUACGGUCCACAGAACCCACCGAUGUCAAGCUACAACACGGCACCGUUGCCAGGACAAAACUCUGAGAGAUGUAGUCCAACGCGUUCCAGUGGAAGAGUUCGAAACAGAGCAUCAAAUUUGCUGAUGGCUGCCUUAUGCUUAGUUAACGAAUUGGACUAUGGCAGCCUGGAAGUUCUUGGUAUGGCUGUUCGCAAUCGCUUAGAUGAGUUUGACAGUAACUGAAGAAUGCAGAACGUUUGGCGUUGACUCACUUGUUCCGUCCGGUAUUUUAGUCAGUUUGUAUGGAUAAUGGCAUGAUGUUUGCGUGAUCCAUUCAACUGAUUCCUAACAUUUUAUAAUUAUGUAAAUUUUUUUUAUUCACGUCAAAGUUCUUGUUUUUGUUUUUUUGUUUUGUUUUUUUUAAUCCCCGCUUUGGUGCUAAUUUAAAGGCCGAGGGGUUGGUUGUGUUUUUAACUGCCUUAAGUAUCAAAUGCAACGUUUUAAUCAA